AUUGCUUCAAGUGGAUGUGUUCAGAAGAGACCUCGCUAUGCUUCAAAAACAAAAAUUCAUAAAGUCUGCAUUAAUAGUUAUCAAUUGUUGGUUCUUCGGAACACUGUUGAAGUGGCUCAGUUUAUCAAUAACAAUCCGGAAUUUUUACAACUGGCUGAGUCAUUCUGGAAGGAACUCUCUUACCUUCCCUCUCUGUAUGACUACAGCGCCUACCGAAGAUUGAUUGACCAGUAUGGGACACAUUAUCUUCAGUCUGGGUCCUUAGGAGGAGAAUACAAAGUUAUCUUUUAUAUGGACUCAGAAAAAGUCAAAAAAUUUGAUUUCCAUUCAGAGGAUAAGAGGAAUUGUGCUUCCUCACAUUUCCAGUUUUUGUUUACAUUAUCAAAACAAAAAUGCACAACGAUGGAUGAUGCCUUAAAAUCGGUUUCAGAAAGUGGGGACAAUGUGUUGCGAGGGGUCCCAUUUGUCAGAGGGGGACGUCCUGGCUUAAUUGCUGGCCUUAGUUACCUGGACCUGGACAAUCCUGCUGGAAACAAACAACGCUAUUCUCGCUGGGCAGGAUCUGUACCUGAUCUUCCUGAAGUCAUAAAACAAAAGCUAACACCUUUGUAUGAACUGGUCAAGGAAGUACCCUGUGCCUCUGUGAAAAAGCUGUACCUGAAACGGGCCUUCGAGGAGUAUCUGGAUGAAUUUGACCCCUGCCAUUGCCGGCCUUGUCAAAACGGUGGCAUGGCCACUGUUCAGGGAACCCGGUGUCAAUGUUACUGCAAACCAAACACGUCUGGUGUGGCGUGUGAGCAAGGAGUCCUCUUAGGGGAUCAAGCAGGAGGGGUGGAUGGAGGGUGGAACUGCUGGUCCUCUUGGGGUCCCUGUGUUCAAGGGAAGAAAACAAGGAGCCGAGAAUGCAAUAACCCACCUCCCAGUGGGGGUGGGAAAUCCUGCAUUGGAGAAACCUCAGAAACCAGGCAAUGCGAAGACGAGGAGCUGGAGCAUUUGCGAUUGCUCGAACCACAUUGCUUUCCCUUGUCUUUGGUUCCAACAAAAUUCUGUUCGUCACCUCCUGCCUUGAAAGAUGGAUUUGUUCAAGAUGAAGGUGCCACAUUUCCUGUUGGGAAAAACAUAAUGUAUACUUGCAAUGAAGGAUACUCUCUGGUUGGAGACCCUGUUGCCAGAUGUGGAGAAGAUUUGCAGUGGCUUGUUGGGAAAAUGCAUUGUCAGAAAAUUGCCUGCGUUCUGCCUGCAUUGAUGGAUGGCAUACAGAGUCAUCCCCACAAACCUUUCUACACCAUUGGCGAGAAGGUGACCAUUUCCUGUUCAGGCGGCAGAUCCUUAGAAGGUCCUUCGACAUUUCUCUGUAGUUCCAGCCUUAAGUGGAGCCCUGAGAUAAAGAAUGUCCAGUGUGUGCAGAGAGAAGCGCCUUUGACACCGAAAGUGCCUGAAUGUCAGCCCUGGGAGAAACUAAAGAAUUCAAGAUGUGUUUGUAAAAUGCCCUAUGAAUGUGGGUCCUCCUUGGAUGUAUGUGCUCGAGAUGAGAGAAGCAAAAGGAUACUGCCUCUGACCGUUUGCAAGAUGCACGUUCUCCGGUGCCAGGGUAGAAAUUACACUGUGGCUGGUAGGGAGAGCUGCAUUCUGCCUGCCCCAGCUGAAAAAGCUUGCGGUGUGUGUCCACUAUGGGAAAAAUGUGACGCCGAGGGCAGCGAAUGUGUCUGCAGAGCCGCCUCGGAGUGCGAGGAAGCAGGAUUUAGCGUCUGCGUGGAGGUGAACGGCAGGGAGCAGACGAUGACGGAGUGCGAGGCCGGCGUCCUGAGGUGCAGGGGACUGAGCAUCUCCGUCAGCAGCAUCCGGCCCUGCGCCGCCGAGGCCGCGUAGUUCCGGGCGCCCGAGGGCCGGCU